CAGACUUGCGUGACAGGGCUUGAAGCAGCACUGCAAGAGUGUCAUGUAGGUAUGCUGUUCACAAACCAUCUCAGUUAUGUUGGAUCAAUGGGUGGUAUUCCCACAGCUACUCUCGAAGCGAACGUUGGUUCCGAAGGAACAUGUUUCUUCACAUUUGGGACGAUCAAGAAGGGCCAAGAUUCUUCAGAGUCUUUCCGUGGUGGCAGUUUGGAAUUGGGACUCCUUUGCGCGUUCGAUACACAGCACAGAUCAGUCCAAGGAUUUUGCAGGUUCACAGCUGCCUGAACUUGGAAUCACGGGAAUCCGCGAGAGAGCCGCAGUAUCUGGAAAUCUGAAUGGCGAUCCUUGGGAGAGCCUAUAUAAAGGAACGACUGGUGACGACUGGGAGAGCCUCUUUUCUUACAUUCCCUACUUUUGGUAACUGGUGAGAUGCGAGUCGGAGGAAAAAGCAGGAAUCAAGACAUGAAGGGCCAGGUUGAUCAAUCAUCAAGACAGUACAAAGACUUGAGAGUCUACUGCAAUGCCCUGCUAUUUUCUGCUUGCCACUGAUUUCAGGUUUAUGAUCAAUGUGAAUCAAUGACUUACAUGGGUAGAGGUGACAUGGGUAGAGGUGACCUGGUCAGUGACCCGUGGGGAGUACUGAUGGCCUUCAUCUGUUCGCACGAGACCCAAUUUUGCCACUAGCUGGAGCUUAGGAGGGAGUAUCCAUAUUCUCCUUUAAUCCGGGAGCAAUGAGCAAAGGAGCUGCGGGGAGAUCCUAACCAUUCCUAACCACUUGCUAGUUAAAAUCCGGGACAAGGUGAGGAACCAGAGUGACCUGAAUAAACCAGAAAAAGCGACCCAAAUUCACUCCUGCAAGAUUGCCAUGCUCGAAUCACGAAUCGGGAGGUUUUGAUGAGUGACCCUGAGCAUUCAAAAGUUUUUCAGACUGGUUCACAUCCAAACAUGAGACUCAAGUGACUGUAUAUCUUUGGACAGUUCUUCGGAGCGGUUGAGCCUUUCGAAGACCCCAAACCCUUUCCAUUGUCCACAUUCCAGCCGUUGACCCGUUUCACGCGGGCGGCUUUUUCCGGACCGUCCGAGCUCGUCGCUCGACCGGAGGAACCCCGACCGACCGGACCAGCCGCGCCCGACGACGCGCCACCUGGCGCAUCGGACUGAGACGAAGUCGUGGCCUUCGUUGCGGCCGUAACCCCCUUGGCGCCCUUGGCCGCUGCUGCCUUCACAGGAGAGCGGCAGAGCCGUGUGAAAGCGACCAGGGACCGAGCAGAGCGCCUCCGCCGCUCAUCACACAACCCCCACCGCCGAGGACAUUUCCAAACGCAUGGGCCG